AUGGAAAUAACGCCUUUGAUCACCGUACACCCUGAUGCAAGCCUAGAUCCCAUUCGGAUGAUCAGCUUGGUGGCUGCAACCGCGGCAUCAAUCAUCGUCCCGUUACUGACCCCAUUCCACAACGAUGUCAAUGAGGAGCCAUCAUCUCUUCAUCCAUCGGCCGUUUGUUCACCGAUUGUUCGAUGGUGGACGUACGGAUGGAUCAACCCCUUCGUGGCCACAGCCUACCGGAUGCAAGGCGAGGUGACCUGGGUUGACAUACCCAUCUUAACAAAGAGAAGCAGCCCACGGUCUUGGUGGCUACGGUUCUGCCAAACCAGGCAAAGGCUCGGCUCUACAGGAGAUGCCAUGUGGGUGCUCUUCCGCCCAAGAGUGGCAAUCAUGGGCACAUGCAUGAUCUUCUGCGGGCUGGCCGAGUUCCUCGGAGCCAUCGGACUUCGCAGCCUCCUCAACCACCUGCAAGGAUCUUCGCCGGAGGGGUCAUUCACGCCGUGGUUCUCGGCCCUGCUGUUCGGAGCCUCGCCCGUCAUCCGGGGUCUCUGCAUGCAGACCUUUGAAUCCUUCUCGACGGAGACCAUCUGCCACUUCAAGUCCAUGGUUGCCAGCACUAUUUUUGAGAAGUUACUAAAGCAGAAGCCUGGGGUCCGCCCGGAUUCCGGAAAGGUGACCAACCAUGUCGCGGCUGACCUGGACAAGAUCGCCGUCCUCCGAUAUACCAUCAUGGCUGGGUUCAUGGUGCCGGUCGAGGUGGCCGUUGCAAGUAUGCUGCUCUACCAGACAAUUGGAUGGUCGUACGUCCCAGGGUUGGUCGUCAUGGUGGUUGCUCGCAUCCCAAUUUCCUGGUAUAUCAACCGCUUCCAGGGCAGGGCACAAUCGGUGGUCAUGAACGCCAUCGACGCGAGAGUCCGCCGGGUAAGCGAGGUGAUAAAGGGCCUCCAAACAGUGCAGAUGCUCGGACAGAGCCUGGUGUUUGAGGGAUGGGUUGACGAGAAGCGAGAGGCGGAGCUGGCGGCCAUUUGGAAUAAAAUGAAGAUCGUGGUAACGUCAGAUACUCUCUCUUCAAGUUUCGUCCUGGUACCUCUUGUCCUAUCUCUCGGGUUCUACACCAUGGCCGCGGGACGGCCAUUGACCCCUGCCGUCGUCUUUACCACUGUGUCCAUUUUUAAUACGUUAAAGAAUAUGAUGUCGUUGGCCGUCAUUGGUGUCAGCACAAAUGCCCAAGCAAUGGUGUCUUUGAGGAGGGUGCUUGACUUCUUGGACGAGGAGUCUUCACAGGGCGAUUUCUGGAAUGAAUCCGAUCAAGUACGAUACCAGGACAUCGAUACUACCCCUCACAUUCUUGGUGCUCGAGAUGGCACUGUGCAGACUCUUUGUCAGUCAGGAACCUGGAGGACAGUCCUGAAAAAAGUCAAUUUUGAUCUCGUCGUAGGUGGAUUGAAUGUCAUAACAGGCAAAACAGGAUCUGGAAAAUCCACAUUAUUGAAGGCUUUGAUUCGAGAAGCCCAUGUAUCAAGUGGUCAAUUCAUUGUUCGUUCAAAGGAUCGUGAUCCGAUAUCGUACGCCGGACAAACACCCUGGCUUCACCACGGCACGGUUAGGGAGAAUAUCCUCUUUAAUUCCCCAUUCAUAGAGAGGAGAUACAACGAAGUAUUACAGGCGACGGGGCUCAGGAUUGAUCUUCAAGAUUUCCCUGCCGGGGAUGCUACAGAUGUCGGCGAACGAGGACAGUCGCUUUCUGGAGGCCAAAGAGCUCGAGUUGCACUGGCCAGGGCCGUGUAUGCGAACACGCAAACCGUUGUAUUAGACGAUGUUCUCGCCGCUCUAGACGCUAAAACCAGUCGGGCGGUGGUCGAUACAUGCAUUUUGGGUCCGCUGAUGAAGGGGCGUACUAUCAUCCUGGUAACUGAAGACGCGGCGUGCCAAGAACAGGCCGAUCUACUGCUCGAGCUCAGCAACGAAGGGGCUUUGACGAUUUUACGAAACAGAGAGCUCCCCACGAUAGAAUCUAGAGUGGGCCGUAUGGGCGCAUCAGUUGCUGGAAUCUCAGACAGGGGUGCCGUUAACGGAGUAGACCUGAUUCCCGACACUGAGGUGCUGAAGAGCGAGCCUGAGGAGUCUUCUGAAAAGUCCGAAAAGCUCAUCAGCGGCCUCAUUGGGAAGAACUAUAUUGUCAAGUACAUGCGGCUCUUUGGUUCAAAAUAUUUCCUGUGUUGCUUCUGCGGGACAGUGUUGCUCGCCCAAGCAACUGAUGUGCUUCUCUCAUUCUGGCUGACCCUUUGGUCCAAAAGCUCAGGGCAGCAGAGCAGUCAGCAGCAGAAACAAGCAUCGAGUUUCUAUCUUGGUAUCUACACUGGCGUUGGGAUUAUCCAGCUGUCCCUUGUCUGCGUAUCCUCGUUGAUGUUCUUCUAUGGGGCUCUGAGAGCGAGCAGGACUGAGCACUCUCGGAUGCUGUCCUCGGUAUUCCGAACCACUCUUGCGUGGGCGACGGCUACGCCAGUGGGGAUAAUCCUGAAUCGGUUUUCUUCGGAUAUGUUUUCUCUGGAUAACACCAUCACCGAGCUCCUGAAACAAGUGGUCGAAAAUUUCCUUUCGAUAGGGUUCCGCUUGGCUGCUGUCUCAACCAUUCUCCCCACCUUCCUAAUCCCUGCGAUUCUCUUGCUCGGCAUCAGCUUGUAUAUUGGCCAGGUAUAUCUAUACGGAUCGACGGCUGCCAAGAGGAUAUACGCAGCAAGUCUAUCCCCCAUCAUCACCAGCAUCAACGAUGUGAUUUCCGGGAUUGAAGUCAUCAGGGCACAUCAGGAGGAAGCAGCGUGGAGGAACCGAUUCUACUACUCUCUCGAGCACUACUUGCGUGGCUGGGAGGCCAUAAGCGCCACGCAAAGAUGGCUCGCCGUGAGGAUGGACUUUUGUGCCGGCUCCAUCUCAUUGCUGACGGCGGUCCUCGCCAUCACGUCCCGUACUAGCCCGGCGGCUAUUGGGUUUAGCAUGACGAGUGCGACGACGUUGUGCACCGCCCUCCUAUAUAUCGUCUACCUUUCCAGCCUUCUCCAGGUCGAGAUGAAUUGCUUCCAGCGGAUUGAGGAGUAUAUCCAUGCGAUACCGCAAGAGCGAGAGUCAACACCUGGCGACGAGACACCGCUCGGCGUUGACCUGUCACUUCAGAGCGGCCACGUCAAAUUCGAGAACUUUAGUUCUGGCUACACUUUAGACGGCGAUGCAGUGCUGUCGGAGGUCAACCUGGAAGCCAGACCCGGCCAGCGCGUCGCAAUCGUGGGAAGAUCAGGAAGCGGGAAGAGUUCCCUUGCGGCGGCGUUGCUGAGACUCACGGAGACGUUUCACGGGAGGGUGCUCAUCGGCGGCUGCGAUAUAGAGACGAUCGAGGUGAGUGAAUUGCGGCAGCGCAUUUGCUUUAUCCCGCAGAACCCGACUCUCUUCACGGGCUCCCUGCGAUUCAAUCUUGACCUUGGCGGGAGGGUGUCAGACGAAAGGCUCCAAGAGGUCCUUUCGGACGUCAUGGGCGACGCGGAGAACAGAGCCAAGUGGACGCUGGACACGCAGAUCUCAGCAGAUGGCUCCAAUCUGUCUCACGGGGAGCGGCAGCUCAUCUCCCUGGCCCGGGCGUUGGUGACGGACGCCAGCAUCGUGUUGAUCGACGAGGCCACGGCCAGCGUCGAUUCCGAGAGCGAGAAGAGAAUCCACAGGCUUCUCAAGGAGCGCUUCUCCGGCAAGACGUUGAUCGCGAUUGCGCACCGGCUCGCCCCCGUAGUGGAAUUUGAUUGGGUUUGUGUCAUGGAGCAGGGUAAGAUCGUCGAGCAGGGUGAUCCCCAGCAUCUCAUUUUAGUAGAGGGUGGUAAGCUCUGGAAACUGUGGCACUCAGCCAGCGCGUGA